AUGGCCAAGUUCUUUAAAAACUCCUUGCUGCGGGCACAAACACGCCACCAGCUAUUGGCCACUUUGAUUGUGAACAUAAUAACAUUCGGGCAUGGACUGGGAGUGGGUUGGCUCUCACCGACCCUGACCAAAAUUCAAACGCCCGAUUCGCCUUUGGGCUUUGAGGUUAACAUCGAUGAAAUUUCAUGGAUGGGUUCCAUGCUGGGAUUGGGCAGUUUGUGCGGCAAUCUGGUCAUUGCCUUUCUAUUGGAGAGAGCUGGCCGGAAAUUCUGUAUUUAUUUGCUGGCAGUUCCCUAUGCAUGCCUAUGGAUUUUAAUCUACAGUGCCUCCAAUAUUUACUUUCUCUAUGCAGCUCGAUUUUUGUGCGGUUUUACUGGCGGCGCUGCCUACGUGGUAUUGCCCAUUUUCAUCAGUGAAGUGGCCGACUCCAGCAUUCGAGGUGCCCUAACUUCCAUGGUAAUGCUGUCCGUUGACUUUGGGAUACUGGCCGGCUUCAUACUCAGCACCUAUCUGUCCUAUCAUGUUGUGCCCUUUUUAGGCCUUAUAGUUCCGGUGGCCUAUUUUAUUGCCAGCUUAAUGCUACCCGAAACGGCGCCAUAUCUACUGAAGCGAAGCCAACUUGGAGCGGCCGAAAAAUCCUUUAGCUAUUACAAAAACGAAAAGGGAGGCUCAAGCAAGGCAGACUUUGAUGAGCUGCGAACGAGUAUUCUGGCUCAGCAGGCGAACAGUCCCGACGGCUUUAGCUACAAAGACUUGAUUACCAAACCAGCCUUGAAAGGCUUUGCCUCGGCUACUGUUCUCUGCACUGGAUUCCAGUUCAGUGGAGUGUUCAGUUUCAUCAACUAUAUGUCAGAUAUCUUCGCCAAAUCAGGCUCGGUCCUGGAUCCCAACACAUGCACCAUUAUUAUAGGAAUAGUUCAGAUCGUUGGGGUCUACACCUGUACCAUUUUGGUGGAUAUUGUGGGUCGACGACUUCUGAUGUUGAUCUCCUCCUUGGGCGUGGGAAUCGGAUGCAUUGCCUUUGGCUGCUUCACAUACUUUGCACAGUUCCAUGAUCUCGGCCAUUUGAAUUGGCUUCCCUUGGUGCUGAUGAUCUUCAUCCUUUACCUGGCCAACGUGGGACUGAUAGGCCUCUUCUUUUUGGUCAUCGUGGAGGUCUAUCCAGCCAAGAUACGUUCGUUUGGCACUUCGGUGUCCAUUAUUUGGAUGAGCAUCCUGGUGUUCUGCACUCUGAAGUUGUUUCCCCUCAUGUUGCACUUCUGGGGCAUUUCCUGGACCAUGUGGUUCUCGGCGACCUCCAGUUUGCUUACCUUCGUCUACUUCUUGUUCUUUUUGCCAGAGACAAAGGGAAAAUCAAUGGUUGAGGAUUGA